AUGACAAAGAUAAGCAGCAUAUCAGAAGCUAAUGCAGCGACGAAGACAACGGAUGCCGCUUUGAAGAGGGUGAAGAGGCGUCCGUGGCGUGAUAAAUUGCGCAAAAAGGCUCGUAAAGAAGCAAUAAGGGCUGAUCGGGAGAAGCUGGUGACGAAAUGUGAAAACGAGGUAAAGCCACACCUAGAUGAAGUUAGUGUCUCUAAAAAGAAGCGAAGGAAACGUAAAAAGACUCUGGAAAUUUGUAAGGAGACUCCUGCAGAUGGUAAUUCAGAGAAACCUAUUGUUCAAGAUGCUCUCAAGAAGUUGGAAGCGGGACGUUUCAGAUUCUUAAACGAACAACUUUACAAUAUGACGGGUAGUGAAGCGUUAGAGUAUUUUCGACAAGAUCCUGACGCAUUCCGCUGUUAUCACAAUGGGUUUGCUGAACAAGUAAAAAAGUGGCCAAAUCAUCCACUCAACGAAAUAAUACGGUGGUUGAAAGGAAAAUCAAAACAGCUUGUUGUGUAUGAUCUUGGAUGCGGAGACGCAAAAAUUGCGGCUGAUGUUGGUGAAAUGCACAAGGUACAUUCAUUCGAUUUGGUUAGCACGAAUGAUAUGGUAACAGAGUGUGAUAUGGCUCACCUACCCUCAGAAUCUUCCGUUGCCGAUGUGGUUAUAUUUUGCCUUUCCUUGAUGGGCACUAAUCUUGUUGAUUACAUAAAAGAAGCCCGACGCGUUUUGAAGAUGGGUGGUAUAUUGAAGAUUGCCGAAGUCGUCAGUCGUUUCGUGAACGUGAAAUUCUUCUGUAAUGCUGUGUGUAAGCUGGGUUUUGCUAUAACUAGUAAGCAGCACAUUACCGACUACUUCAUUCUGAUGGAAUUUCGUAAAAUCGAGAAGGUGGAGAAUAAACGCCCUUUCGGUCUAAGACUGAAGCCCUGCGCUUACAAAAAGCGGUAG